UUUGGUUGUUACCUAUACAUCUGCCAAAACCUUUGGAUUAUCAAAAAUACAAAUGGACUAAGCAAGCCGAGAGAAUAAAUCGUUGAAUCAAAAGUCAUCUGAAUGCGAUUCCGAAAUUCUUUAAACUAAUUAACUGAGUUUUUAAAUUUUUUAACAAGAUCUCAACUGCAGCAGGACUAAAAUAACAACAAAAAGCAAACCGAGAACCUGUCAAAAGUGAAGAGAAAUGCCUGAUCAAACCGAGAACGAGGACGAGAAGCCGCCAUAUGCAUUUUUCUUUGGUGGCAUGGGCGCCGCAUCGGCCAUCAUAUUCUCAUCCCUGGGCGCAGCAUAUGGCACCGCGAAGUCCGGCACGGGCAUCGCCGCCAUGGCUGUGAUGCGGCCGGAGCUAAUCAUGAAGUCGAUCAUACCCGUUGUCAUGGCUGGCAUUAUAGCCAUCUAUGGCCUGGUCGUCUCGGUACUAAUUGCCGGCUCGCUGUCGCCCGAAUAUACAAUACGGAAGGGCUACAUUCAUCUGGCUGCCGGAUUAUCUGUGGGCUUUGCCGGACUGUCGGCGGGCUUUGCCAUUGGCAUUGUUGGCGAUGCCGGCGUGCGUGGAACAGCCCAGCAGCCACGCCUAUUUGUGGGCAUGAUUCUUAUACUGAUCUUUGCCGAGGUGCUGGGCCUAUACGGCCUAAUUGUGGCCAUCUAUUUGUAUACCAAAUAAUUGUUGCCUUGUAUUAAAUAUGAUGUGGCAAUUAUAGAGAGAGCCAACUCUUUAA